GGAUAGCCCGCUCACACUUAGUGAGAUACACGUGGGCUGGCUAGAACCAAGAGACACCAGAGUGAUACCACACGAAUCUGCCUUAGCAUUAUGGUUAAUAACGGGAAAAUAUCAAAAUAUGGUUUGCUGGGAUUUGUUGUCUUACUGCUGAUUCAUAUGCAAGUUGUGAACUCUAAACAAGUGUUCCAUGAAACUUCAGACGUUAUUGUAGAGUUUAGCUACCCUGAGGAACAAGUGCUUCUCUUAAGGAAAACACGAGAUGUGAACACAGGCAUAGUAGAAUACAUUGUGGUUGUUGAGUUGAAUGUGUCAGAAGUGAUUUUAUUUGACCAAAUCAAAUCAUCAGCGAAUUCCAUCACUCCUUUACAAAUAGACAGCAUCACAAACAUCACUGGUUUAGACAUUACAGCAGUGUGCCAGCCACUAUUCAGUUUCAAUGAAUCUCAAUACCAGUGCACGUGUGAGGAUCAGUAUGUUUGGUCCUACAAUAACUGUAUUACAUAUAACGCCUGUGAUAACCUAAAUGAAGGAACAUGUACCUGUAUCAGCGCCAUUCCCAGUGAUGGACAGGUCUGUGUGCCAAAAACUGCCAGCACAACUCCUGUUACAUCAGCCUACACAACUCCUGAAACAACAGCAGGCACAACAACUCCUGAAACAACAGCAGGCACAACAACUCCUGAAACAACAGCAGGCACAACAACUCCUGAAACAACAGCAGGCACAUCAACAAUUGUAACAUUAGCCAGCACAACAACUCCUGUAACAACAGCAGGCACAACAACUCCUGUAACAACAGCAGGCACAUCAACAAUUGUAACAUUAGCCAGCACAACAACUCCUGAAACAACAGCAAGCACAGCAACUCCUGAAACAACAGCAGGCACAUCAACAAUUGUAACAUUAGCCAGCACAACAACUCCUGUAACAACAGCAGGCACAUCAACAAUUGUAACAUUAGCCAGCACAACAACUCCUGAAACAACAGCAGGCACAUCAACAAUUGUAACAUUAGCCAGCACAACAACUCCUGAAACAACAGCAGGCACAACAACUCCUGAAACAACAGCAGGCACAUCAACAAUUGUAACAUUAGCCAGCACAACAACUCCUGUAACAACAGCAGGCACAUCAACAAUUGUAACAUUAGCCAGCACAACAACUCCUGAAACAACAGCAGGCACAUCAACAAUUGUAACAUUAGCCAGCACAACAACUCCUGAAACAACAGCAGGCACAUCAACAAUUGUAACAUUAGCCAGCACAACAACUCCUGUAACAACAGCAGGCACAUCAACAAUUGUAACAUUAGCCAGCACAACAACUCCUGAAACAACAGCAGGCACAUCAACAAUUGUAACAUUAGCCAGCACAACAACUCCUGAAACAACAGCAGGCACAACAACUCCUGUAACAACAGCAGGCACAACAACUCCUGAAACAACAGCAGGCACAUCAACAAUUGUAACAUUAGCCAGCACAACAACUCCUGUAACAACAGCAGGCACAUCAACAAUUGUAACAUUAGCCAGCACAACAACUCCUGAAACAACAGCAGGCACAUCAACAAUUGUAACAUUAGCCAGCACAACAACUCCUGUAACAACAGCAGGCAUAUCAACAAUUGUAACAUUAGCCAGCACAACAACUCCUGAAACAACAGCAGGCACAACAACUCCUGUAACAACAGACACAGCAAUACCAACCACAACUACACCCCUCACAACUACACCCCCCACAACUACAACCACCACAACUACAACUACCACAUCUACACCACUCACAACUACAACCACCACAACUACACCACCCACAACUACACCCCCCACAACCACACCACUCACAACUACAACCACCACAACUACACCCCCCACAACUACACCCCCCUCAACCACACCCUUCACAACUACAACCCCCACAACUACACCCCCCACAACCACUACCACCACAACUACACCACCCACAACUACAACCACCACAACUACACCCCCCACAACUACAACCACCACAACUACACCCCCCACAACUACAAUCACCACAACUACACCCCCCACAACCACCACAACUACAACGACCACAGCUGUCAUUACAACCCCAGCCACAAACAACAAGGUACUGGGCCUCUCAUUGAAACUAAAUCAAGAUUUUGACUAUGAACUCAACAAUAAAAAUAGUGCAACAUAUCAAAAAUAUAAAAAUACAAUUCAGAGUUUGAUUGAAGAAAGCUACAGAAAUGUACCUGGCUAUCAGCCCAACUCUGCAACAGUGACUGGUUUCAGACCUGGCAGUGUGAUUGCAGACUUCAGUAUUACCUCAACAACUAACAAUGUUGAUUUGGCUUCAGCAAACCAAAAGCUUGCUACUAAUCUCAUUAAUAGUGGAUUCAGUGUUUCUAGUGAUUUUCUCAGUCAAAGUGUCCAAGGAGAACUAACAAACAUCAACGGAAACAUAUAUCCUAGUUCAGAUCUCAAACUUACAUGUAAUCCUCCAAAUACAAAUGGUAUAAUUUGGACCGGGAAAGGGAUUCAGUUACAGCAGUCAGACAAGUAUGUGAUUAAUAAUACUGAACUCACUGUGAAGAAUGCCGGUCCCAAUGACAGUGGUCAAUAUUCAUGCAUAACAACAGUAAACUCUCUGCCCUAUAUAAUCUGGCAAAGCAUUACAAUUCAGCCAUAUCCCAAUAUUCAAGUGACCAGUAACAAAAUUAUACAAUGUGAGGCUACAACAGUCUCACUGCAGUGUUGUGUUCAGGGUGUAUAUAAGGUGCAAUGGACUGACACUACAACCUGCUCAAGUUCAACAGGAGUCUGCAUCUCAUGUGACUAUACAAUUAACAAACAGGAUUGUCAGAAUUCUGAGCAAACAAAACAGUUCAAAUGCCAACUAACACAACCAAUCAGUGAUAGUAGUUACAACUCAGAGACCAUUAAUAUACAAGUAAAAAACCAAGGAUUUGACUGUUCUGAUAAUGUAUUCGGGGCUGGAAAUGAGGGAGCAAAACAAACUGCUAACUGUGAUGGAAACAUGGUUGGCAAUAAAGUAGCUCAGUGUACUUCAAAAACAUGGAAGAUUAUAGAGGACAACUGUGUUCCGCUUGCAAUUCAAAAUUUAAAAGAUGAAGCUGAGAAUUUACAGGUAGCAGCUAUCCCGCAGUUUAUGGCCAGCCUCAGUAGUAAUGCUACAUCACAGACUCAAAACAUCUUUGCUUCUGCAGCAACCAUAACAACAAUUGUAGACAUACUAACCAUCGUUUCAGGUCUCUCACAAACAACUUUUGUCAGUCAAACUAUUAUGACGGAUUUCAUAAAAACAGCAGAGGUCAUUGGAACAGAUAGUACAUCAGGCACUUGGGUGAAUUUAAACAAUAACAAUGCAACAAGUAAUGCCAGUAAUUUACUUCUGAGCGCUACUGAAAACAUUGCACGCAGACUCCCGGAUGGCAACAUCUCAAUAACAACAAACUUCACUUCUCUUGAAAAAAAAUCCAUUACUGCACCCUUUUCUGAAACCUUUGGAAUAAAUUCAACUACCCAAAUAAAUAUUCCAGUGAGUAACGCCAAUACGUUCCUCACCGUCAUAAUCUCUUCGGCCUUUAACAACAUCUUACCUGUUCGAAAUCUGACCAACAAUGACAGCAGUCAGACUGGCACCAAGAUCAAUGGAGAUGUAGCUGUGAUUGAGACAAACUCAACAAUUAACAACAUCUCUCUCUCUUUUGAUGUCAUAAAUACUACAUUGGGAAAACCUCAGUGUGUCUUCUGGAACUUUAAUCUUCUGAAUGGUGUUGGUGGAUGGGACUCGACUGGAUGUCAGUUAAAGCUCUUAGGGAAUGAAAUUGAAAGAUACACAUGUGAGUGCAAUCACACAACCUCUUUUUCAAUCCUGAUGUCACCAUUUACCCUGAAUAAUGUCCAAGCCAUAAUCUUAGACUAUAUAACUUACAUUGGUGUUGGCAUUUCAAUGGGCAGCUUGGUUUUGUGCCUCAUCAUUGAAAUCAUCAUAUGGAAAUCAGUGACACGAAAUGACACAUCCUUCAUGCGACAUGUCUCCAUAGUCAACAUUGCUGUCUCCCUCCUGAUUGCUAAUAUUUGCUUCAUCAUAGGAGCAGCUGUUGUUAAACAAGAGGGUUAUGAGGGUCCCUGCAGUACAGCGACGUUCUUCAUGCACUUCUUUUAUCUCGCCCUUUUCUUCUGGAUGUUUCUGUCAGCACUUUUGCUCCUCUACCGCACCCUCAUGGUCUUUUCGAGAAUGACCAGAGGGGCAAUGAUGGCCAUAGGCUUCACUGUCGGUUAUGGAGCCCCGUUAAUAAUAGCUGUCGUUACUGUAGCAUCUACAGCUGGAGGCAAAGGAUACAUUCAACAAGAUUACAAUUGUUGGCUGAACUGGGAUAAAACAAAGGCUCUCCUGGCAUUUGUGAUUCCUGCUCUGACGAUUGUAGCUAUAAACCUCCUGGUGCUUAUUGUGGUUCUGUGUAAGAUGUUGAGGAGAGGAGUUAAUGCUUCCACUCAGCCAGAUGAGAAACAUCCCCUAGUGGUCACUGCUAGAUGUGUGGCGAUUUUAACACCUCUCUUUGGUCUAACGUGGGGAUUCGGCAUCGGGACCUUGGUGUCACCGAACUUUGGGAUUCAUGUGGUGUUCGCAUUCCUUAAUUCACUGCAGGGUUUCUUUAUUUUGCUUUUUGGAAUAUUACUGGACAGUAAGGUCCGAGAAGCAUUGGCAGGAAAGUUUUCACUGAGGAACUUAAGUUCUGGUCGCACCAGGAGUACGAGUGCAGGACCAACGUCCUCAAGUGGACCUCCUUUCAUGCAGAGGUUACGGCAAAGAAAUGUGUACAAUGUACAAGCAAACAGCGGCACUAUGGCUUCAACUUCAAACAACUCAUAUGCACCUAUCAACACUUAAGGCAGUAAACCCCUAUUACAAGAGCCUGUUUAACUGCUAUCAUACAGUACAUGCAUGUUUUAACAAAGUAAAUUAUGAAAAUUAAUAAAGAACAAAUCGUCGCUGUCGGGUGGAAUCCUCAUAUCUCCAAAACCGUUAUUUUUCAGGAAAUGAAAAAAAAAAAAUGCGUACCUUAUCUGCAGUGCACAGGGUUUAGUCCGCAUUGCAGUGGAUUGUCUUGCGCUAAAUUCCUGUCCUCAGACGAGCACCAGAACUAGCAGGGGUCAAGAUUUUUUUUCUUUGAGCCCAGUGUUUUGAAGACAUUUACCUCAGAAGAUGUGUUGAUUCGUUGCGACACUUCUUGAGGAGAAAUAUGCCGCGAAGCUCUCCCGUGGAGUGAGGAAGAGGUGGACAGUUGAAGUGUCCAAUGGAGUUAUGAGAUUUGCGCUCACGCUAUUUUCAAGACUUUAGAUUGGUUAAUAACUUGUAAAAAUAACAGACUCACGUGGGGACUGACCAAUAGCAUUGAUAUGUGAAAAAAUAUGAAAUUGACCAAAUUUGGACAUACAAGGUUUACGCCCAACAGCGACGAAAUAAUACAUACUUCUAAAGCACUUUUCAAAAGUGUUUCUCUUGAAGCUCCACGGAGUUGAUUUCAGAGUAAUGAAUAAGGAAUUAAUUUUUUAAAUCAAAUGAUCUAUAUAAUUUAUUACUAAUUUAAAUGUUCUGAUUGUUUUUCUAUUUUGUCAAAUUAAUUCAUAAUUUUAUUAAAUAUUGCUGUAUUCCUAAAGCACAACAAUAAUUAAAAAAACAAAACAACAACAACACAGUACUACUAACAAUGAAUAAAUAACUCUCUUCUUAAUUAUCUUCAAUAUUUAAUAUUGUACUCAUACACUGAUAAGAUACUGUAUGUGAUUCCCUCAACUCUAAAGUAUGAAUUGACUGUGAUUUUUGAUGAUG